AUGGCAUCUUCAUCGAACUCACCAUGUGCUGGAUGCAAGUUCCUGCGAAGAAAGUGCCAACCUGAGUGCAUUUUUGCACCAUAUUUCCCACCAAAUGAGCCCAACAAGUUUGUACAUGUUCACAGAAUCUUUGGUGCAAGCAAUGUUGCAAAGCUUCUCAGUGAUUUGCAACCUAGCCAGCGUAAAGACGCUGCGGAUUCCCUUGCCUAUGAAGCUGAUAUCCGCUUCCGAGACCCUGUGAAUGGCUGUUUUGGAAUCAUCUCUCAUCUUGAGGAUCAGCUUCGACAGAUUCAACUAGACCUUUACACUGCCCAAUAUGAGCUUAAUAGGAUGAAUCAAAAUUUGGCCUUCAACACUGGACAUGGACUUAUUGCUGCGGCUGGCACCUCGAACGUGGUCCCUAUCACUGCCACCACUAACCACCACAUGUCAAACAUGGGUGGUGGCGGUGGUAGUCUUGUUAACCACUAUCCUUAUCAUCACAACUAUCAGACUUUUGCUAGGAAUCAGUUCCACCAGCAGCAGCAGAUAGUUAAUGGAGGGAACAACUAUGAGGCUAAUGUCUUGCCUAUAAACGUAGCUGAAAAUUUUGGGCAACUCAAUGCUGCUGCAGCUGGUGAAAACCGCGGCAAUGUGCAUCACUAUUAG